UCGACAAGUCCUGCCACUGCCUCACCGACCGCAACAGGAAGCUCCUCGGGCAGCUCUUCGUCGCCGUGGAAAGUUGCCCAGAGCUACGAAGGUGACACUUUCUUCGAUGGGUGGGACUUCCAGAACUCUCCAGACACAACGACGCACGGUGUCGCGCAAUAUGUGGAUAAAGACACGGCCAACUCCUCUAAUCUCACUGAGAUCAACGCCGCGGGAAAUGCUAUCAUGCGAGCCGAAACGACUGGGACAGUGUCGACCUACCGCAAGAGCAUACGUAUAACCUCGCAGUACAGCUACACCGGCGGCCUGGUAGUAUUGGACGCCGUACACAUGCCAACGGGAUGCGGGACAUGGCCAGCGUUCUGGAGCAACGGUCCGGGUUGGCCUGCAGGCGGCGAGAUCGACAUGGUCGAGGGUGUGAACGACUACACCAACAACCAGGUGACGCUCCACACGGCGCCCGGUUGCAGCAUGCCCUCGUCGGAUCCCAGCGCGUUGGGCAUCUCAGGCUCUCUGAUUGGCGGAACGGACUGUGCUGCUGCGGACACCGGGAACGCGGGUUGUGGUGUGCGCGCAAGCGAAACGAACUCGUAUGGUGCUCCGUUCAACGCUAUGGGCGGCGGUGUCUACGCU